GGGGCCGAGUGCAGUGAGCCUGGGCGAUGGCGGCAGUCUGUGCCGAGUGCCGGGAGAUUCCUGCUCUAGGAAGCGUAGAGACCCGGAUGCUUGGGUUUAGUAAACUCAGAAGCCUUUAUUGACCGCUAGGUAGUACAGCGGCACGGGCGCACAGCCCUUUCCUCGCCGAGCUUAGCAGUCGGGACAGUGGAAUGAAGGAUGGCAGCACGCCGUGCACUAAAAGCUGUUUUGGUAGAUCUCAAUGGCACACUUCACAUUGAAGAUGCAGCUGUGCCAGGCGCACAGGAAGCUCUUAAAAGGUUACGUGGUACUUCUGUAAUGGUUAGGUUUGUGACCAAUACAACCAAAGAGAGCAAGAAAGACCUGCUGGAAAGGUUGAAAAAACUGGAGUUUGAUAUCUCUGAAGAUGAGAUAUUUACUUCUCUGACUGCAGCCAGAAAUUUAGUAGAGCAUAAACAAGUCCGGCCCAUGCUGCUGGUUGAUGAUCGGGCACUACCUGAUUUCAAAGGGAUACAAACAAGUGAUCCUAAUGCUGUGGUCAUAGGAUUGGCACCAGAACAUUUUCAUUAUCAAAUUCUGAACCAAGCAUUCCGGUUACUCCUGGAUGGGGCACCGCUGAUAGCAAUCCACAAAGCCAGGUAUUACAAAAGGAAAGAUGGCUUAGCCCUGGGGCCUGGACCAUUUGUGACGGCUUUGGAGUAUGCCACAGACACCAAAGCCACAGUAGUGGGAAAACCAGAGAAAACAUUCUUUUUGGAAGCACUGCGGGGCACUGGCUGUAAACCUGAGGAGGCCGUCAUGAUAGGAGACGACUGCAGGGAUGAUGUUGGUGGGGCUCAGAAUGUCGGCAUGCUGGGCAUCUUGGUAAAAACUGGGAAAUACCGAGCAGCAGAUGAAGAAAAAAUUAAUCCACCUCCAUACUUAACUUGUGAGAGUUUCCCUCAGGCUGUGGAGCACAUUCUGCAGCAUCUACUAUGAACUAUUAUGUGAAUCAGAAGCAACUUGAAACACAGCUUUUCAUCGCCUGGAACGAAUCUCUCACCAACUUGGUGCAGACACAGCCAUCAGCGCUGACAUGUGCAGCCCUCUUAUUGUGCACUAAUUAGAAAGAAAGGUAUUGAAUUACAGCCAGCCUCUAAGCCUGCUUAUCUCUUUUGUUGUAUUUUGUAAAAGAAGAUGAGACUCAAAGAAAGGGAAAGCUGAGAUUUUUUUGCAAUUCCUUUUAAAAUAUUCAUCAGAUUAGGCAGGGCUAGGAGGGAGAAGCUACUGCAGGGAGUCGUGUUCUCUGCUGGCUCCUCACUGGUAAAUUGGAGGGUGCAUUCAGAUUGUGAAUAAAGUUGAAAGGUGCAUUUGGCUGUAGUUUUAAUAUUCAGUUCAGCUGUGAAACCCAUCAGAAGUGCCAAGUGGAGUACAUGUCAGAAGAAACAAAAUAAAUUGUCCUUUAGCCUGAGUGAUCGAGUGAAUUUGCUUUAACAGAUGAAAACUAGAUUAUCUGCUAUAUUAUUCCCAGCACGGAUGACUUCUUUUUCUCUUCAUUAGCCAGAGAUGACUAAUUUAAAUUUAGAACCUGAUUUUAAUUUAAAAUAAUAUUUCCAUUAAUAAC